AUGGGAACCAGUACAAGCAUCGAAGAGAAGAAGGAGGUAUCAAUUCUUCGUCGACCUAAGCAGGGCGAAGCCAGUGAUCUCUAUUGGGCUUGCCGAAAUGGUGACAUCGAUACCGUUCAAAAAAUUAUUGCGUCAAAUACCUACAUUGAUAUCAAUUGUCUGGAACCGAAUGGUAGCACAGCUCUACAUGCAGCUUCUUUUUUCGGCCAUACUGACAUUGUUCGACUACUUCUUCAUCAAUGCGGAGUUAUUCGCCAUCGAAGAAAUCGACAUGGUCUCACUGCAUACGACGAGGCAGCUACUGACGAGAUUCGUCAACUAUUCCGUCGUUCAUCGAAUUCACAACGAUUUUGCAGUGACACCACUACCGAUGCUGAGCAUCUGUUUACUUUGACUGCUGACGAACAGACGGAAGAUGACGACGACAACGAUAAGGCGCCAAACGAUUGGGUUGACGGAGAAAAUGACGAGGAGAAGAUUCAUUUCCAACGAUAUGUCUGCCAUAUUGCAAAAACAAUGGCUUCAUCAUCAACUUUGCGACCAUUAUUCCGUCGUAUAAUUCGUGACAAAGAUGAUUUCAAUCAGAUAUACAAUGAAAGUACAGCUGCAGAAGCUUUACAACGUCUUAUUGAUGAGCAUAUUACUCCAUCACAUUCUGAAUAUCAGAAAGCAUGCGAACUCGUCUCGAAAUAUGUAAAAACUAAGAAUGUUGAGCAUCUCUUGCGCCUUUAUUCACUUGAGACACCCUUUUAUAAGAACCUUGGUAUGGGUCAAGGGAAUCAUUGCUUAUUAAUUCCACUUCUUUUUAAGCUGGAUGGUUUAAUAAAACGUGCAUAUCAAGGUCGUUCAUUUCGUGGUUUGAAUAUGACUCGACAGGAUCUACGAGCAUAUCAAUGGGCUUUGAAACAUAAAGGUAGCAUCCUAAUAACAGAUAGUUUCUGUUCAACGUCUGUCGAUCAGGACGUGGCUUGUCGCUUUAUUGAUACUUCGUCUCCUGACACGAUUCCUGUUUUGAUGGUGUUCAACUUUUCAGAAAAAUGUGACACAGCUAUUCAACUCUUUCGUUUCUCUGAUACUCUACUUUCGAUAUCUGACUUUGAAGACGAACAUGAGGUCCUCGUUUUACCAAUGACACUGUUUCAUGUCACGGACAUUGAAGUUGACAAAGCAAAUGGUCAACACACAAUCUACCUUGAAAAUGUUCCAACGAAAGGGGAACUUUUCACAUCUUUACAACUUCUCUGGAAACAUCGAGAAUAA